AUGAGCCGACGGAACAACAAAGUUCAUGUGGAAUCCUUCGAGCUGUCACCGAGGAACGAAUCUGUGAUUACCACUGUCGGUCGGCUUGUUCGCGCGUUUCCUGGGCCUGGAAUUGCUUUGGAUAUGGCAGAUCUCGACAAGCCAGGAUUGCUCGACGCAAUUGGAUUCACACUUGCUCUGAUGAGUCACCAACCUGUCGCUGGCAUGAAACCGAAGAUCAAGAAAGCGAACCAAAAGCACGACGAAGACAGGGACACGACCGAUCCUAAAAUGAUCACGGGAUUUUUCAUGUCGAUAUUGCGACCACUUUCGGUAGAUAUUGAUGCAACACAAAUCCGAAAGCAUACAAGGGAAGAAGUUAUGUGGCGAGACAGCCGGUCACCAUGGAGGCGAUCUGCAUUUUGGCUUUUUCUGCGGGUGGCGCUGCAGCUGAUCUUGAGUAGAUCCUCUAUAGACGUCCGUGGAGCAAGUCUGUACAAGGAAUUUAUGAUCUUCUUCUUAUGCGGUGUCCUCAAGAGAGUUCCAGACACUACGCCCGGCGAGACGAUUUUUAUCAUGAAUGCCAAGAUUACUCGUCGGUUGAUAAAACUCAAUCCUCCAUCUGUGCCCUCCUGGCUGCUUGCAGUCCAGAAAAUACUGCGACAUACAAGCAAUAUGACAAACCUUGGGUGGAAAGAAGCCAUGGAAAGAUCCCACCGCGACCUCAACCUGCCAUCCCUGUCGAAUUUGAAUCUCCGACGAGAUAUUGCGUGUGACAUUGCCAGCCUCGAUCAAUAUAUUGAUCAGAUCGGACAGCGUAAAGAGAAGCACGAGCCCCGGCAGCAAUUCCACCCGUUGCCAAGGCUACACAAGUAUUCCGACACAGAGAUGCCAGCUAAUCUUGACUUGUCUGAUAAGGAAUAUUCAAUUUCCAAUCUUGCUGCGGUAGAAGAAUGGGUUGCUUUGAACCUAGGAGAGUGGAUGACCGUCCACCAAGCAGAAGAGCAAGCCUGUAGUCAGUUAGCGCACUUGAUGACCAGCUAUCAUACGGCAGCCUUUUCAGUAGGCUCCAAAAACCCUGAAGCAUUCUCAAUGAUGAUACUCACACUUCUCGAGCUGUGGGUGGCCUGUGAUAAAAGCGCAAUUUGUAGUCAUCCACUCCUUGCCGAGUACGAUCCCUGUAUACCCAUGGACUGUUUUCAAUCGCUUUUGUUGCCACUGAAGUCUCAAAUGGAAAGACUUGCUGCAAUCGAGGAGUAUUUAGAGCACCGUCAAGCCGAGUUGCUCUAUCGGGGAUCUGGAGUUUUCCACGACUUUGGUACCUCUUCAUGCUUCUCUGUCCGGUAUUUUGACCGUUCGCCUGAGCAUCAACAACUACUGACCACCAUUGAAAACCAUGCCAGUGAGGAGCGGUCUCAGAAGAUGGCUGAGCUACAGCAAAAGCAAAACCAAUACAGAUCCCUCAUGGACUUAUUCAAUCAUGGGACAUGUGAAUUCGUCGACGUUGUCGUAGACAAACGGCACGGUAUCCGAGAACCACGUCAUAGUGGUAGCUGCUUCCGACAUUCACAUAAAGAGAAGGCCAAAUCAAUCCAAAUCGCUCUUCAUGAAUGGCCACUUCCAAGCAAUUUGCUACAAGCCAAGUCCACCGUGUUCGAACUUCGGUUGCCGGAGCCAUUUGGGACUUGGAGAGAUAUCACCCUCUAUUUCAUCAGUAAUUGCUUGGACAUUGAUUACGCAGCAGAAGAGAGGCCCAAAGCACAGUACCGUCCGCAAACUUACUCGGGGCUUUCUGGAUUCUAUGUCGUGCCGGAACAUGUCCGUCGGAUUGGUCUCCUCUCACAGAGUAAGCCCCACCAACGAACUCAUCGUCGAGAUCGACCCAUCGCUAGCCUUGCAAAGGAAGAGGUCUGUGUCAAUAAUGGUCUACAUUUCCGAUAUUAUGACGACCGGAAGGAAUGUUUUGUGGGCACCUUUGAGAGAAAGCUUUCGACGGAAAAAUCAUGUAUGUAUCAACUCCCGCAGCACAGCUCAGCGCUGCAGCGAUUUCUUUUCCGGCCUGCCGAAGAGCCCCAUGGCCCUUCACCCAAUACUGUCAUCGCCACACAAAAUCUGACCCCGGUAAACUUUUCUUUGGGAGAAUACAAGUCCUUGGCAACGAUGCCCCUGGGACUUGAAAUUCAGUGGCAAAACAUCCUUGUAGAAUUGUCUUCAUCAGCUGUUGAUUGGAAAAAGAUCGAGACGGCACUUUUCAUCUUACAGAUAAUCAAUCAGGCUGGUCCGUCAAAGAAGGAAACGGUGUCAAGGCUAGGGCAUGCGAUCGUCGCCGACGAAGAAUUCGCAUCAGCGCUUUUGUCCCAAAUUAGCGAAGUGAAAGAGGGGAUCGAAGAGAAUUGGGAGACAAUCCACGGCCUGAAUAGUCUGGUUAAUAUGUCUCAAAGAGUUUUGUCUCUUUCGCCAUCCAAGACAAUUCGUGCGAGCUGCAUUCAGUCUCUCCAAAUCCUUCGGCAGACAACAUUCCGCUGGCUGGAUGCUGUUCGCAAGAAAGCAACUGAAACAGUCGAUGCUCAUCGCAAAUCUAUCCUGGUCGGAAAAACGGUUCAUAUAGCCCUUGUGUGCGCAGAGACAUUCAAUGCAGAAUGCCCUUCUGCGGUGUUUCUGUCCCCGUCGGACUUGUCGAUCUUUCUUCAGUGCAGCGUUACAAUUUGCAACGGUCGUUUCCGGGCCUUAACAUAA